UGCAAUACAAAGAUUAGCUACUCAACGUAUUGUUUCGCAGAUGUGGGGAGCACACUCCCGUCUGUGGCGAAAGGGCGGCGGUGGUGGCGGUGGUUUGAAGCCGAGGAGAAAGAGAGAGAGAUGAGGAGGGAUAUGUCGGCGUGAGGACGUUUCUUUGUGUUCACGACAGCCAAGCUCAUAUCGCCAGGUGCGUCUCUCAUCAGCCACCUACUAGCCUACCUCCCACCUAUACCACCACUGUCAAGGUAACCAUGGCGACCAGCGCUGUGCCAAGCGACAACCUGCCAACGUACAAGCUGGUGGUGGUGGGGGAUGGCGGUGUUGGGAAGAGCGCCCUCACCAUCCAAUUUUUCCAGAAGAUCUUUGUGCCAGACUACGACCCCACGAUAGAGGACUCGUAUCUCAAACACACAGAGAUAGAUGGACAGUGGGCAAUACUGGAUGUGCUGGACACAGCCGGACAGGAGGAGUUCAGCGCGAUGAGGGAGCAGUACAUGAGGACAGGAGACGGCUUCCUCAUCGUCUUCUCUGUGACAGACAAGGCCAGCUUUGAACAUGUUGACCGAUUCCAUCAACUCAUACUACGGGUCAAGGACAGGGAGGCCUUCCCCAUGGUGUUGGUGGCAAACAAAGUGGAUUUGGUCCAUCUGAGAAAGGUCACCACUGACCAGGGCCAAGAGAUGGCUGCCAAACAUAACAUAACUUAUAUUGAAACCAGUGCCAAGGAUCCUCCAAUGAAUGUGGACAAAGCCUUUCAUGAGCUGGUUCGUGUUAUAAGACAACAGGUCCCAGAGCGAAACCAGAAGAAGAAAAAGAAGAUGAAAUGGAGAGCAGAAAGAUCAGCGGGUUCCCACAGGUUCCACUGUGCCAUAUUGUGACCUCCCUCAUCCUGUUUAUCAUUCGUAACAUACACACACCCACAUGCAUACCCACAUACCUUUGGAUAUCCCCAAAGGAACUCCCAGCAGUGGUUAACUACCGGAGCACAAAAGGGAGGGAGGGAGGGAGGGGGGCGUUGAUAAAUGGCUGGAUGGAUCCAGAGGAGCCGGAAGGAGAAGUGAAUCCUAAAUGUUGGGCUGAUGUCCCCUCCACCCUUCCACCCAAUGCCUUGGAAUGAGUGCUAUGCCAUGUCUCCUCAUUUUAUGGUCCCCUUUCGAAGGUCUUUUGAUUCCUCCCAUCUGUAUUCAACACAGGACUACAGUGUUGCUGAACUGUUUCUCAAUCAAGUGUAAUUUUUGAAUUUAAUAUCAAAUGUGGCACAAGAUGACAGACUCUGUGGGGAAAAAGCAAAGAGAUCAGAAUCACCCUGAUGUUGGAACUUUUGUCUUCUUGGGAAAGGAUAAAAAAAAGGAGGAACCGGGUCAAAAUGGCGCCCCGUGUUCUUCAACUCCAACAACCUGCUGGUCAUUACCUUUCUAUCCUCACACUCCUACUAUUUCUGGAAAAACAGAGCACCUGUGUGAUCUUUUACAUGUGUUGCCUAUGUUCCCUCUUCGAAGAGUGGACAACACGUAGGCACGGCGGAUGAAUAUGAGGGUGGCGACAGUGAUUUUGGUAGUGAAAAUAGAUGUUGUACCGUGUUGUCGAUGAGUGAACCGUGAGUUCUGGGAGUGCAGCGUGUACCUCGUGGUCAUGUGGCGCUCUGGUUGUGAAGUGUCAGUUCAGAGAGGAUGGAAGGACGUGUCGUAGCAAGCGAAAGAUAAGUGACGUGAUGCUGAGAAAAUGUGUCAUAUCAGUUGACAGGUGAACACUGUGGUCGAAUCAGCUUGUGGAAUAAGUGUUUAAAUAUUGUAAUCGUAAAGGAAAGAUGGGUCGGGUGUAUGUGGUUACACUUUAAUGUUAACAUGACAGGGUUUAUACCAACACUGACGUGUCAGCAGCCAUUUUUACAGACACUCUUAUAUAUUUUCCCAUCAUAAAAACAGACAAUAUAUCAGAGCCACUUAGCAUCAAGUAUUUGAAAGUAAUUAUGGUUAAGUGAGGCUGCCGCUUCGGUCACAGUCGAUUGGCACAAUGAGUGCAGUUUCAUCAGUACUGUAUGAACAAUAGCCCUGAUAUUUUUCAGUUUUGUCUGUGUAGUCUUAACAGAUUCAAGUUACUUUCCAUGUUUUUGUAUCUAGACAAAUAUAGAAAAUUACAAUUAUAUUUGUGAUAUAGAGAAAAAAAAAUCUAAUUAUAGGUGGCAAUGUAAACAAAUUCAAUGCUGUUUUACAAAAGAAAUACUUAAUGAAAUAGAAUAGAUAAGGGAUAGCGAGAGCUUCGUGUUUCACACGUGAAACAGGCUGGAGAAGCUGAUUUGCACUGGCCACUAACCAAAAUAAUGUGAUGUCACUUUAUUUCAAUCUUGGGGGCUUUUCAGACCACACACGCUGAAUUCAGGACAAUGUUAUAAAGAAGAGUCAUGCUCAGUAAAAGGACAGCACUCCUAUAGUUUGGGGAUACAUACUGUAGUCCUGGGAAUACGUUUGAGUUAGGAAGCGUGACGCUCCUAGGGCUUAAAGCCAUGUUAACCUAGCUACAGACUUUAGUUGUAGGAAAACCACACACUCGAAGCAACAAGUGUAUUCAUGUGUAUUCAUGUUUGUAGCUGUGAGGUGGAUAGGAAUGUACAAUUUAAUAACCUAUGAAAUGGCUUGUACUGUUAACGCACUAAAGUUUCAGUGGACAACUUUUUUUGUCUGGAUGAAUACCAUCUCUUGAAGGAAUACAUUUUUGCACUUUUAAUACGAUUUCUGACUUUCCUAUUGGCAUGUUGUUUUCUGUUCAAAUCUGUAAGUGAAAUGAAAGGCACGGAAAAAAAAAAAAAAGAAUAAAUAAAAAAAAUGAUUUGAAUGUAAAAUCGAAUAACAAAACAAGCAAAUAGGCAAAUAUGUGUUGUAGCCCUGUGUGCCUGUGUAUGCCUGUUGCCUUGGCGAUGAUUGUAAAAGCAAAAUAAGUUGGAAUUUAAUCAUUUGAAAUGAAAAGGAAAGGAAAAGCUAUGUAUUGCUCAGUUUAAGGUUGAGUAUGAAAAAAAAAAACUCAUUUAUCGAAUGGCAUACAAAUUCACCUCAGCAUGAAAGUGGAAAUUCAACCUCAGCAAACGAAGGAAUACAGUAUUAAUCUACAUCUACUUUUUAAAGGGACUUCACAGAGAGUUUCCAGAGAAGGACAGAAAACAAUGAUUGAGCAAUGAAGCGACAGACUCUGGAUCAUCGGGGAGGAAAAAGAAAAAAAAAGAAAAUACUGAAUGUGUUUGAUGAAAAUGUUGCAUCAUGUAUGUUUGAUACCAUUUUGUAUUAUUGAUAUGAAUUAUUGAUAUGAUUCUUGCAAAGUGUUUUUUAAACAGCUGAAUAAUUUAUUACUGUCUAUGUUACCUCAGCGUGUCCCAGACCUGGACAAAAAGCUAAACUCUACCCCCUCCCCCUUUUUGUUUUUUCUUUGGGACUCUCAGCGGGUCAUGGGCCUUUUGCCUUUGAGCCCCCAUAUGAAGAGACUUGUAAUGCGUUGUGGACCAAGAUGAAGGAACAGGAUUUGGUCCUGACCUAAAAACAUCAUAAGGACCUUUACUGGAGCUCAUGUGAAAUCUCACAAGGGUCAAAACACGGAACAUUUGUCACCCACUUUUAAAUAUGUAGUUCGUUCAAUGUGACAUUUUUCUUUUAAAGGAAUAGAUCGACAUUUUGGGAAAUAUGCUUAUUCGCAGUAUUGUUGAGAGCUAGAUGAAAACGUUGUUGUGCACCACAUGAAGCUGCAGCCAGCCGUUGGUUAUCUUUGCUUAUUUUAGGAGGGAAACAGCUAGCAUGGCUCUGUUCGAUGGUAACAAAUUCAGCCAACCGGCACCUCUAACUAACAAAGUGUAUUUAGUUUGUUUAAUCAGUAUGAGUUAUGGUUUUAUGUUGGUUUAUGUGCUGGAUUAUUUAUAACCUGUGGAUGGGGCCAGGCUAGCUGUUUCCAGUCUUUAUACAAAGCUAACUAGCAUGCUACCUAGCUUCACAUUUAGCAUAAUUUUCUCAACUCAGCGAAAGUAUAUUUCCAAAAAAUGUUGCACGAUACUUUUAAAUAGAUUGUGCUCAUUACACCAGCCAGGUGUCUUCUAGUUGACUAUUUAACUUUUUGGUUUGAGGUCCAAAUUCCACUUUGAAAUCUUUCUUUAUUGAUCGUUGUGGCUGGUACAAAGAAACCUGCUGAUUUAUUGCACCGCCUUCACAUUUCAGGCAGACCAAAUACAAAUGCUGAAAGUGGAUAUAAUAUAAGUGAAUAUAUUUGACCCUGGAUUAUAUGUGAGCUAAAUUGAGCACUUUUUUAGUUGUUUUGUUUUAAUUAUUAUUAAUUGGGGAGGUUCAAAUAGACACCAAGUAUUUUUGAAGUUACGCAAUUAAUCUGAGUUGUAUGUUUCCUGAAACUUUCAGUAUGUGAAGGGCCGUGUAAACUUUAAGUUCGGAUUACAAAAAAACCAACAAAAAAAACAAAAACAAGAUUUGGAGUUGUCGCACCAGUUGUGUAAUGUGUGUUUUUGGACAGGUCUGUUGUGUUCUAACUGGCUGUGUCAGACUGAGGAGCUAGACGAGGCACAAACAAACUGUGGCCUUUUUAUCUAGCCUCAGGGGUCGAUUAUAUUUCAAUAAAGAAAUACAAGUAUUGUGACUUAACAUGA